GGACUAUGGGUCGAUCGCUUUAUUCCCAUUUCCUCAGUUGCAAGAUUUAACGCAGGAGAGAAUUGCCAAAACCCUAACCCCAGAGUGCUGUAUUCGUUCCUCAAUGGAGGUCGAAUCCAGCUUCCAGUGCCAGCUCCGUAAUCUCAAGAUGGACGAUCCCUGGGUCGCCCCGAAGACCUGGGAGUCAAUCGUCUCCGAGAGUGGAACUGCUCGGACAAUCGAUCCCGCGCAAGGACCUCAAGAUACGAUGUACGACCUAUCCGCUGUCUCCGAAGCAAGUUUGGUGGGACUGGUUAUAAAUGCACUGCAGGGUGUGAAGUCAUCGAUUAUUGAGAUUGACAAACUUUCACUUCCAUUUUGCUCAAGCCCAGCAGAUAGGAGCUAUUGUCGAGUUCCAAGCUUGUGGUGCCGGUUAUCAAGUACCCAUGCAUUGGGAAGGAUGCUCAAGUCUAUUAGUCAUUCAGGUCUUUUGUUCUUUUUCCUUCAUGAAUUUAUUAGCCAUUUCCUUGGCACAGAUCAUAAUGCUAAUUCAGUAAGAAGGAACAAUACUGAAAAUUUUCUGAUUCCAUCAAAUCGAGAACAAGGUAAAAUUGAAAUGAAGGAAUGCCCUCCUUAUAGUUUGGUCAACCAAGCAUUUGCUGUUGCAAUUGGAAAGCUUCUUGAAGGUUAUCUCUGCGCAUUGAGUACAUUAUCAGCGUCGAUAAAAUUGAGACGUUCGGUGCAGUGCAAGGGAGAAUCUUUUCCCAUUUGUCAAGUUGAAGGCACUUUAACAAGUGUUGUUCAUCCAGAGAUAACUUUUAUGGAGAUCUAUUUGCAUACCAAGGAAUUAAGAAUGCACAUUGAAACUCUUGGAAGCAUUUGCUUUUCCCAAACUUUUAUUGAGGUCCUAAGCUUGGAUUCUAUUGUUGACUUUCAUAAUUUUCCAAGAGGAGCAGACUUACUUACCUAUUUGUAUAUCCAGCUCCAAGAUGCAGACCCAGUUCAUCAUGCCCUUCUCAAGUAUCUGUUUAUUCGUUCUUAUAAGCCUUACUGUGGAUUUAUCAAAUUGUGGAUGUAUAGAGCUACCAUUGAUGAUCCUUAUGGGGAAUUUUUUGUUGAAUCAUCAGAUACCACAACAACCACUGAUGCUAGUUCUCUUUCUCUUAAAUUUUCCUUAGCUACUAUCAAGGAACUGUCUGGAGUUUCUAUUCCUUGUUUUUUGAAGGAUGUUUGUUAUCAACUACUUCGAGCUGGACAACAACUUCAAGUUCUUUUGAAACUGCUUGACUUGUGCGACCUUUCUUUCUCAGGGGAGAAUGUCCCUUGUGAUUUGUCAGUACUCAGAGAGAUACUUCCAUUCUGGGUUGAUUCAUCAAGCGAAUUGGAUCUUUUAUCGAACCCAUUAAUUUUUGACAUAAAUGUCAUGGAAGAUCUAAUUCAGAAGAGAGAUAUUAAAUACAGAAAUAUGAUGGAAAAGCUUCAAAAUUAUUUGCUAAAGCUAAGCGGUAAGGAGCGAUGGUCAUCCCAUAAUGUGAUUGCUUUUGGCUCCUUGCCCAUCUUGCUUGGGAGAAGUGGCUUGAAUGUGCCUUGUCCUUCGGUUUUUGAUGGCGAAUCAAACUUCAUACAUAGAAAUACUACUGUGGCUUCUGAUGAUAAUGCAUAUUCUGAUGCUUCUAGUUCGUCCACUGAGUCUGCAUUCGAGUUGGAACUAUCUCUUUCUUCAGAAUGCUCAUCACAUGAUUAUAAUGAUGAAAGUAUAUCUGAAAAUUUCUAUGAUUUGAAUGACAAUAUAUGCAGAUCAUCAAAAUCUAUGUUUUCAAAAUUACCAGCAGAUCAUGCUAAAAACAGUAUAUUACAAACUUAUGCUAAGACAAAUUGGCCAUGUUUGCGUCCACCAUCUUUCCGUACAUUUACUGAACACUUAUAUCCUAUCACUUUUUGCUCCCACCUUCAGCAUCAAAACUGGAAAACAAAUCAGAUUUCUGCUUCCCCGAACUCAGAUAUUAUUAAGGAUCUUAGAAUAUUUGAGAACUUAACUGAAUUAUGUCAGUCUGGUGGGUGCUGGCCCCUAGGAGGGUUACCGAGUAAUCCAUUCUGUGCCUAUAUGAAAUGCGGGAGUCCGCAGCAGCUCCAGUUUACUGAAUGCUGUUUUAAAAAUGAUGAUGGGGGUACAGAUAAGUUCAGCUGUGAAGAAGAAUUUUUUGCCAAAGCGUUUGGUUCUUUCAUGCUUAGUUUUGAUGGGUCAAGGGAAAUGCAAACUCCAACUGAGACAUUUGGAUCCCUAUCUCAUUCCAUGUCAAGCUUUAGUCAGCCCUAUGCUUUUAGCACGAACCCCAUGUUAGCCAAAACUGCGUGGCUUCCUACAGUGGGAAACUCAAAAGACACAAGUUUUAUCACCAAGGACUCAUCCUAUUUGCGAAAUUUCAACUUUUCAUCAGUUACUGAUCCUUUUAAGCUUCAUUCAGAAAGCUUGCCUUUAAGUUCUUGUGAUAGGUCUAAGGCUGAAGCUUCUCUGUCUGUGCAAUUGGGUGGUUCUGUUGGAGGAGUUGAUUACUCCACUGAUACUAUUAAAGCAACAGUGGAAAAUCAACCCAUCUCAAUUUCUUUAUGUUCAGCUGGAGAAGCAAAUUUACAAAAAGGUGCCCAGCUACCAAAUGCAUCUGGUGGAGCAGAUUGGGCAAAGUCAUUAAAAUACCCAAUUAAAAAUGGCACCUAUGGUGAUGAUGAUGUUCAUUCAGAACAAAAGUUUUUGAUACCGUUGGAUAUCAUAGUUGAUAGGUGUAUUAUACAAGAAAUAUUACUUCAAUAUAAGUAUAUAAGCUUCUUUACUAUUAAGUUCCUUGAGGAAGGCUUUAGCCUUCGAGAACACUUAUUGGCACUGCGGCGCUAUCAUUUUAUGGAAAUAUCUGACUGGGCUGAUUUGUUUGUGAUGUCACUAGGCUGUCAGAAAUGGUCUGCUUUUGAGCACGAAGAGGAAGCAUCCAGGAUCCAGGGACUUCUCGAUUUGGCUUUGCAGAGGUCUUCAUGUGAAAAUGAUCCUUAUAAGGAAAGAUUGUUCAUUUACAUUAAAGGAGAGAGUGUAUAUGAGCCAGUUAUUAAAAAUGGAAUUCAUGCCUUUGAUUUUGUGGCGUUGGGUUACCGAGUGGACUGGCCUGUCAAUAUUGUUGUAACUCAAGAGGCUUUACAAAUAUAUGCUGACAUCUUCAGUUAUCUUAUACAAAUCAGACUUUCUGUUGCUUCGUUGAUUGAUGUGUGGCACUAUCUAAAGGAUGCACUCUAUAUUUUGAACCACGGUCAACAAAGAACAUUUCGUGAGAUGGAGGACUUCAACAGUUUAAUGAGAAUGAGGCAACAAAUUUAUCACUUUGUGACUACAUUACAGCAAUAUGUGCAAUCCCAGUUGUCAGAUGUUUCAUGGUGUCGAUUUCAAGAUUCACUUAAGCAUACGGUCAAGGACAUACUAGACUUGGAAUCGGUGCACAUGCUCUAUCUCGCAGAUGCGGUGCACAUAUGUUUUUUGUCUGAUGAUGCCAAAGAAGUAGCUACAAUUAUCAAGAAUAUUUUGCAAUGUGCAUUGGACUUCCGCUUGUGCUUCUCUGGCAAUAGGUUUUCUGAUCAUUUGCAUGAAAAAGAUGAAUCAUAUUUGCGUUCUCAGAUAGAUUUUACUCAGGUAUCCACUGUAAAUACUUCUUUUAAGAAGAACCUCAAAGAACUAUACCUUCUGUAUAUCAAAUCGCCAAAACACCGUGAAUUCAGCCUUUAUCGUUUCUGGAGUAAUCUUAAUUUCAACGGCUACUUCUCCACCAUCAUCAACAAGGAGUCAGGCUAUUCUUAUCUGUAGAUUAUUCUGUUUGUAAAUUCUUUUAUACAAAUUCUGAAUUCCUUCUUGCUAUGGAGAGAGGAAACAUAAAUGUUGGAAUCAAACACCUUCAGAGGGAGUACCUUGAAAUCUUUUUUAUUCUCCCACAUUUCAUGUAAAAUACCUUAGAUUGCACUUGUAGUUAUGAUAUUUGAUUUGGGUUUUGUUUGGGACAACUUCCUUAUUGCUUAUUAAA